AUGACCAAAUUCAAUUGGAACCCUGAAGCCGAUGCCUUACUUACCUGGGUUGCUGGUGGCGUAUGGUGUCAUGAAAAACGAGCAAGGAAAGGGAAGCAUAUGAUUGAUCAUGUAUAUCUGUUUGAACGGGUUGCAGAUUUUUUAGACGCUCUGAAUGAGUUCCAACCCUUUGAGAAGAGUAGGAAAAUACUCAACGCGCAAACAGUCGAUCGGCGUGCCAAAAAGUUACAAUGGGAGAAGCCCCAGUGGGUCAAAAGGCCUUCCUGCCUUUCAGAGGAUAUCUUGAAAGGUCAAUUCGGCGAGGUAGGCCUCAAGGAUUUGCAUAAAUCUACCUUGAAUCUUCGUUGUGUUCUUGGGAACAAUACUCCUGAAUGCUCAAAACAAGGAAUUUCUUCGGCAAGAAGAAAAAGCUGCGCGGAGGCCGGAAAUGGCCCAGAUCAAAGGAUUUCGGGAGGAGGAAGAAGAAACAGCUGUCCAGAGGCAGGUAAAGGCUCAGACAAAAAGACUUCGGGAAGAAGAAGAAGAAGAAGCUUGGACGGAAAGAUUUCGGGGAGAGGAAAAAAAAGGCGAGAGCAACAACCGAGAAGGGGAGUCGAGAGGCUAGGUUACACGAAAGAUACAGAGUACUCUGGAGGUUUGUCUUGGACGGAUUCUAAUGCUUCCAGUUCUCAUUACCCAGAACCCGGAUUCAAUUCACACGGUGGAGCUUUUAGAAAUGGAGCAAAAGAUGUAUAUUUUAAUCCUCCUCUCUUCCCUUCCAUUGACAACAACUUCGACGGCUCAAAGACAGGUUCAAGGAAUGAACGCUAG